CAUUUUUUGUAAAAUAAAUAAAAUGUCAUCAGUUGUAAUAAAAUACGAAAUUAGUAUUAAAGUAUAAACUGUAAAUAUCAUAUAGUAUUUAAUUGACUUAUUUUUGGGUUUGAUGGGCCUUUACUGGGCUUAUAAGCAACAUAGGCUGCUAGUAUGUCACUCUUACGUCAUGAGCCAUAAAAAAAGCUUUUGGCGGUUGCUCAACUUUUUUUCUCUCGCGCCAUGUUUUUUCUUUCUCUCACUCUUUCCUUUUGAAUGACGGACGAGUGAAGGUGUUCAUUCAAAAACCAAAUCGUUAUCAUCGGAACGAACUAGGCCCGAGUUUCUGGAGAAAUGGCCGGCGAAAACGCGGCGGCGAGUGCUAUCUGUUCAAUCUGCUACGAAGAUCUCAAACCGGCGGCUGAGAAUCUUCAAUCGAUCUCCGCCUGCGGCCACGUCUUUCACGAGCUCUGUUUGCAGCAGUGGUUCGAGUACUGCCCGAGCACGAACAAGCGAAACUGUCCGAUCUGCAAGCAGAAGUGUUAUCUGAAGGAUCCUUUCCGCCUUUACUUUCAAUCUUCCGGGAAUCAAAUCGAAUCGCAGAAGGUUGGGGGAAUCGAGGAAGAUCCGGUGGUGUUGAGAGGUGAAGUGAAGCGGCUCGAAGGGAAGUUGCAGAAUCUUUCUUCGGCUCUGGAGGAGCAGAAGAAGGUGAAUGUUGAGGUCUCCGAUCAGUUGUAUCAAUGUAAGGAGAAACUGAAGGAGGACAAAGUAAAAAGGGUGGAGGCUAUGCAAGAAGUAUCAACGAACCAACGCUUACUUAAAUUAAAAUCAGAGGAAUGUGUUCAGCUUACUUCUAAGUGCACUCAGCUACAAGACAGAACUAUGGCUCUUGCCAAGGAGCUCGCAUCGCUUAAACUAGUUUCGGAUUUAAGCUUGGAGGAAGAUGAUGUGCUGAAGCUAGCCUUGUUGGGGAAUAACGCAAAGACAAAAGAUACAAUAGACACACUUGUCAAGUCCUUGGUUAUCCGAAACAGGAGUUACAAGGAGUUGCUAGCCAAGCGCAAUCAGCUGGGCAGAGGCGAAGCUCGAUCUUCUGAGAAACUUGAAAAAGCUUUGGAAAAGAUGGAUAAAUUAAAGAAGCGAGUGAGGGAACUUGAGAUGAUAACUGAAGAGAGGGAUAACAAAGCAAUACGGGACAUGAUAAAAGCUUCAAAGAAUUGCAGUGACAGAGAAGUUUCCAAGCCUGCAACCGAAAGCUUGGAUAAAAUCUCUAAACCACUUGGUAAGUUGGAGAAGAAUGAUGGCUUCUCCAAUCAUGGAUCAUGCUUUAGUGGAAGAGAAGACUCCUUUUUUGGCAUAAGGGAGUCGGUUAUCGAGGUAGAUGAUGAUGUUCACGAAGCUACCCUUUCUGGCAUCAGACAUUCAGAUUCUACUAUGAAAGAUGAGAAGGUUGAGGAUAGUAAUGUUCAGGAGAGACGUGAUGAUCCGGUGAUCAAGGACAUAAAGUUCAACAUCAGAGAAGGCUCAACGCCAUCAGACUCACCGUGCAACAAUGAACUCAAUGCAGGUGCUGGAGGCAGUUGGUUGUCAAGUGGAGAAAAUCAAAAUCUCAGAAGAUGGAGCAAACAAGGAGAUAGAAACAAAUCCCCUCAUUCACUAGGAGGUUCUGUCUCAGGCAAGGAUGAUUUGAUCUCUGUUGGGCCUGAUGGGAAAGGUGGAAGAAUCAAAGUGUUGAGAUCUAAACCCCAAUUUUCUGUGAGUUCUCUUGCUUCUUCAUAUCCAAAACUUAAUGGCACUACUCUCAUUCUGACUUGUGUGUUCUUUAGCUUACGUUUCUCACUACACUUAAAAGUCAUUUCCACAAUUUCUGAGCCUCUCUAUUAAACUUUGAACCUUGGCUAAUGUCGUUGUUCUGUAUUGCAUAGAACGCCAAUGCAAGCUCAGGAAGUGGUAAGAGAUUGAGGACUGGAACUAAAACAAGUGGUACCUCCUCUCAAGGGUGUCUGCAGAUCGAACACUUUUUUGGAAAACCCAAACGCUAACUUUUCCAGGUCUGUAUGAGAAUCUUAUCUUUCCAUUCAAACUCUUCUUAGCCAAAUAUAAAUAAACACAUGACAUGAAUAAAUACAUGAUGAUCUCGUUCUAGAUAAGAUAAAACCUGGUACGCAUUUUCUGAUAAGCUUGCAGUUCCCUUAGAAGAAGAAGAAGAAGCGUUCUGGUAGAGAGGCAAAGAGGUUCGAGAGAAGAAGGGAUGUCAAAAAUGGCUAAACACUAUCAUUGAAACUCUAGUACUCUACAAUUAAUGGGGCUGUUCUUUGGUUUCGAAAUCUGAGAUAUUAUCUUAGAUUGUGAUGCUAAAUAUGUCAUUCAGUGUCUCUUAAGCUUUAUAAGUGUGGCAUGCAAUGCAAUCUAGUUGACCAUAGGUCUUACAAAGAAAAUGUACGUAACAAAAUGGAUGAUCUAGUGCUCACUGUGCAUGUAUAUUCAGCCUUUUGAUUCAUGGUUAAAAUGAAAAGAUGUUGAGUUUGUAAGAGCCAUUGUUGUGUAUUUUAAGCAUAAUUGAUUUUGAAGUUUGUCAGCAAA